AUGCGGCCGGGGGGCGAUGCGGACGGCGCGGAGCCGGCGGUAGUGCCCGCACCGGGCCCCCCCGGGAGCAUGGGCUGCAUCGGCUCCAAAACCACCAUCGUGGCCGUGGACACGACGCUGUGUGUGGAGUGGAAGGAGGUGAAAGCGCUGUCGCCGCUGAGUGCCACCCACCCGCUGCCCCGCCUGGUGCGCCAGGCCUCCUUCGACAGCCAGGACUUCCUCCAGGUCCAUGUUGAGGACACUGUCGAGAUGCUGCCCAAGUCGCGGCGUGCGCUGACCAUCCAGGAGAUCGCUGCCCUGGCCCGCUCCUCGCUGCACGGCAUCUCGCAGGUGGUGAAGGAGCACGUGACGAAGCCGACGGCCAUGGCGCAGGGCCGUGUCGCCCACCUCAUCGAGUGGAAGGGCUGGUGUAAGCCGGUGGAGCCACCUGCCGCCUUGGAGAGCGCUUUCAGCUCCUACUGCCACCUGAGUGAGGGCGAGCAGGAGGCACGCUUCGCUGCCGGCGUGGCGGAGCAGUUUGCCAUCGCUGAGGCCAAGCUGCGAGCCUGGUCCUCGGUGGAUGGGGACGACUCCAACGAUGAGUCCUACGACGAGGACUUCAUGCCCUCCACGGAGAGUUCCCAGCCCACUGUGCUGCCCGGCACGGUGCCCACCGGCGCGCUGCUGCGAGACCUGCUGCAGGGCCACCUGUGCCAGCUGGGCGUGCGGCACGGCUCCUGCGAGCCCGAGAGCGACUCCUCGCACACCCUUUCUCCUGAGACCCUCUGCUCCAGCCUCUGCAGCCUGGAGAUGGUGUCCCCCUCUGAACUCACUGCCAAACUACUGGGCUCCCUGGGGGGUGAGGACCUCCUGCUGCCCAAGCUGCCCCCCCCGGCCAGCCAAAGUGCCUUGCGGGGCCUGGCACGGCUCCGGUGCCAGGACUCCCUCUACACCAUGUCCUACGCCGACGCCUGCCUCUCACCCGCCGAGGAAGAGGUGGUGCUGAGCAAGGAUUUCCCACUCCACCGGAAAAUCUCCGAUGUCGCCUCCUCUGGGGUGGCGUCGCUGGAGGAGGAGGAGGAGGAGGAGGAGGAGGCUGAAGAGCCCUGA